AAUCACUAUAGUCUCUUGCUUUCAGCGUCUUACUGACUCUUACAUCGACUACCUUCCGCUGUGAGCUGCUAUGCUUGCGCAACUGGAUGUCCGUAGGGAGUCAAACAUCUUCCCAUCACCCAGGUGUCAUUCUGACGAUAUUGGACCACUUGGCAAGACAAUGGACAGACACGCCUAUGUACCCCAGCGUCAAAAACAUCUACAGUCUUACGCACAAGAACAACCCCCAAUCACACCCAUCACUGGCAUAGUGCCUAGUAAUAAUAGAGGGCCACAACGGCAUGGAGCUUCCAUAGGCAAAAAGGACUCUAAUGGACAACUUCGGGUCCCCCCGCCUUAUCAUCGUGCAGCUUCGACCUGUUUUCCUAAUUAUCAACUACCGCCUCGCUUACAGAAGCAGUAUGCGGCACCGAUGGGUGAGCCAAAUAUAAGCCUUGACUAUUCUCCCUUUCCAAAGCAGCUGGGUUCCACGUUUGGACGAAGACCACACACAAUAUAUAGUUCGGGGCUGGAACCUCAGUCCUCCAUCGUCAGUUCGCCAUUGUUGACAUGUCCGAAAACGGCAGGUGAACCUAUGCCAGAUAUAAAGGCUGCUCUGUCUGCCCAGGGCAUUCACAUUGGCAUUCCACCGAGUACCUCACAUUCACAAUCACCUACUGAUCAAGUUGAACCUCGUCUUCCUAUCGAUCAAGUAUGAUUCAACUAUUCCUUCAUAUGAACAAACUAAUCAGUAAUUAUUUAGCC